ACCACGCACUUUCUCUCCCCUCCUUUCCCCUCUCUCUCUCUACAUAUAUAUACAUAUGUGCUUUCCACCAUCAUUUGAAUUUCAGACAAGUGUCAAGAUUUUUCAGACACCAACAAUGGCUGCCACAGCCAGAAUCCUAAGAAUGUCUAACCCUCUUGCCCACAGCCUGUCUCAUGAAGCUUUCUCAAGCUCCACAACUACAGCAGCUGUCUCGAGGGCAAGGAUAAUCAUGUGUCUGAACAAGGAACGGCUGAGCAUCACAACUCGAGCCCACCAGGAGCCGGCUGGUGGAACUUCAAGAAGCGUGCUCGUUAAGGAGCCUGAAAUAGCUAAAAGGGUGGAUUUAGGGGUGCUAUUAAGAUAUGUAGCUGAUAUAAUAUUGUCCCCUACAAUGAAUUUUGUUAGGAAGCAUAGGCCAUGGAGAUUCAACAUUCAGAUGAUAAUGGAGAAGGGUAUUAUAGACUGCAGAUUCUUUACAUUGCUAGCAGUUGCUGGAUCUUUGGUGGGAUCUGUACUUUGUUUUGUUGAGGGAUGUGUAUUGACACUGGGAUCAUAUUUUCACUGCUUUCAUUCAAUUUCUCAAAUGUCAGAACCAGUUAAUGUGGUGCCGACAUUAAUCGAAGCUAUUGAUAUGUUCCUGGUGGGAUCAGCAAUGUUCACGUUCGGGAUGGCUUUACAUGUCAUGUUUGUGGGGCAACAACAUUUUAAAGGGACAGGAUCAACAUUGUCGAGGAACUUCAACCCCCUAAAACUUCGAUCAAUGAUAGGAAUGGAAACACCAAUGCAAGCUAAGUCAAAAAUAGGACAUGCUGUGAUAAUGAUUCUUCAAGAACAAGUGCUGGAUAAGCUCAAGAGCGUACCUGUAACUAACGCGGUGGAUCUCGCCUGCUUUGCUGGUGCCGUGUUCCUCUCCUCUGCUUCAUUAUUCAUCCUCUCCAGGAAUGUUGCUGCUCGUGUCGAGACAAAAAUCUAGACAACAAUGCAUGACAAGUAGUACUACAGCAUAUCAUAGUUUCAACCAUAGAAAACACAGGAGGGUAACCA